GGCGGGUGAUAGAGACACAAUGGCGGAUCUUGAGGAUGGAGAGAUUAGUUCUGAUCAAGAGUCGGAAAUGCGGGAUGUUGCUGCGGAGCGAGUGCAGGUGUCAUCUUUUCAGAGCAGAGGAUCUUCUUUAGGUGGUGCACCCAUCACAGAAUACCGCAACUUAAAGAACAUGGAGUCUAGUGACAGCAACUCUGACUCUGAAGAUGAGGCCAUUCUGUGGAAAAGAAAACGACUAAAAUGUUCCAGUAUACCAGCUCCUCUUCAGGCCAAGCCUAAUGCAAGAACUGCAACAAACCCCUUUGCUCGCAAAGUCAACAACAUCUGGGGUUCUGUGGUUCAGGAGCAAAGUCAGGAAGCUGUUGCAGCAGAGCUAGGCAUCAUGGGAAUGGAAGGUGCUGUCAGCAUGAGCAGUCGCCAGAGCGAGACUUAUAAUUAUGUCUUUGCUCGCAAGAUGAUGGCAAAAGAGCGUGAUGAGGAGGAGGAAGGGUUGAAGAGCACUUUGGACAGUGAGCUGGAGGGAUACAUGCAGCAGGGAGGACAAGACCAAAAAGACAGUAGCCAUCUGAAAAGAAAGCGGCCAGCCAAGGAAAGACUCGGCCCCAGGGCUGAGAUGGACUUGAAGGGUCGAUAUGAGAUCAAAGAAGAUGACCCUGAAGAGAGAGUGAUCGAUGAAAUCGCACACAGACUCAUGGAGCCCAAGAAAGAUCUAAUAGAACGUGUGGUCAGAGUUAUAGGAAAUAAGAAAGCCAUCGAGCUGCUGUCUGAGACUGCAACAAUUGAACAAAGUGGAGGUCUUUACACUGUGGAUGGCAGUAGGAGGCGGACACCAGGUGGGGUGUAUCUUAACCUGCUGAAGAAUACACCAAGCAUUUCUCAUGGGCAAGUAAAGGAGAUUUUUCAUGAAGAGAACCAGAAAGAAUGCAACAGCAAAAAGGCUGCGAAGAAGCGACGGAGGCAAAUAGUAGCAAAGAAGAUGAAGCAAGCCAUCGGCACACUCAAUCUACAGGAACAAGAUGACAUCUCAAGAGAAACAUUUGCUAGUGACACUGAGGAGGCUCUGGUUUCCCUAGAAGAGGCCCCUGAAGCCCCAUCAGAACAUGCAUUAGGAACAGAGGACAACCCUGUAGUGUACAACUCAAAUGAUCUAGAAGUUUUCUAAAUUGCUGUGCUUCAGAGUGUUGUACUUUAUUGUCCGUUCUGGGAUAAUUUGGACCAUCUAGCUGAAAAAUCUUUUGGGAUUUGUCCUGAAUUAGUAAGAGUGGUCAAGAAAGACUGAUGUUGUUUUGAUGAUGUUCUAAUGUUUAUGUAUAGCACUUUUAAGUUUUCUACUGAGUGUUGAACGCUAGCUCUUUAAAAUACUAUCAGAAGCAGCCAAAUGUUGUACAGCUUUUCUACAGGAAGUCUUGGCUGGUUUGAUGUUGACCCAUUGUAAUUUUUUCCCUCUCUGAAUACUUUGCAAGCUUUUGACACAUUACAUUCUUGGAUAACAAUAAAUAAAUGUUCAAGUAUGAA